AUGGGAGGUGGAAAAGUACAGCAAGGGCUAAGGAUCAAUCACCCAACAGCAUUGCAGUCCAUCGGACUAGCACGACAGCACCGCUACGCCUACGUCAACGCCAUCUACAACAGAGCAAAGGCUCCCACACCAACCCUCGAUGCGACCGCAGCGCAUCAGCCAGGCUACAUUGUCAUCCCAUCAAGCCUCAUAUCUUCAUCUAUACAAGUGACGAGGAAAAACCAAUUUGUCAUGUAUGCCGCUGUUGGGUAA